ACCACGCAUACACAUUGAAAGCUGCUAUAGCUUGCCCUACACAGUGAGCACGUUAACGGUUUAUUAUAGACGGUGAAACAGAAUAAAGUGGAUCAAGCGUUAUUUGGCUUGAGUUUUAAUGUAAACUUUUGGAGCUAAAUAUAAGGUAAAACACAACUUAAUUUAUGAUGUAAGAAAGUGUAACAGAAUAUAUCAGACAUGGAAGUCUACACCGCAUGUGUGUUUGUCAUCGCUAUGUUGGCUAACGCAGACCAGGACAUGCGGAUUGUCGAUCUAACGCAUGCGCAGAACAUUGAGGCCAUUUACUGGCCUGGGAAUCCCUCUUACAACUUCACUAUAUUUUCAAGAGGACAAAAUGCUGUUGGUGGAUUUUGGUACGAAUCGAAUUCUUUCGCGACUGCGGAACAUGGUGGUACACAUCUAGACGCACCUGCACAUUUCUACGAGAACAGAUCCAGGACCCAUCAAAUCCCCAUGGAGAAACUUGUGGGUCGGGGAGUAAUCAUCAACGUUAAGACAAAAGCUUCACGAAAUCCCGACUACCGUGUCACCGUUGACGACCUACAAAACUGGGAGGCAAAAUACGGCCGCAUUCCAAACGGGGCUGUUGUCGUCAUGAACUCGGGGUGGCACCAGAAAUACCCAAACAAGACCAAAGUCUUUGGGACCGAGUCCACAACCGAUCCAGCAAAUUUCCAUUUUCCGGGAUUCCAUGAGAAAGCCGCCGAUUGGUUGGUUAAACAUAGAAAUAUUCACGUUCUGGGAGUUGACACGCCUUCCAUUGAUUAUGGCCAAUCAAAAACAUUUCCGGUUCACGUGAUUCUAGGGCGUGCGGACAUACCAGCGCUAGAAAAUGCCGCGAAUUUAAAUGCCAUUCCGGAGUUUGGUUCCAUCAUUUCAGUAGCUGUAAUAAAACUUGAAGACGGAAGCGGGGGCCCAGCUAGAGUGUUUGCCAUGUUGCAAGCGUCGCAAACCAACGAUUGUUUCAUUGCACAUCUAAACAUUAGACUUUUAUUCAUUCCGAUUGUUAUUUUGCAUGUUCAUCUGAGUAAAUUAACCUAUGAGACUAAACAUCUUCCUGUGUAAGGAAUUUUGGAAGUUGAACAAUACAAAUAUACGAUAUACUUGUCGUUCACGUAUGGGACAUAUUAAAGGUUUUUAAGCA